CCUUCCUUAUGAUCGCUCUGUCGAGGUUCCCGAUGCUGAGGCUUUACUUUCUCAUCAGUUUGAUGGGCUUAGUGAAAUCAGGAAAGGGACAUCUGUCCUCCUCAGCAUGACCUCAUUCAAAACUAAUCUCAACCACAUCGGUCUUUUGGACAGAUAAGUGGCCACUCGACACAGAUGAAACAUGUCCUUCCUUCACCAAACUGAGCUUCCACAGUGCAGUGGUUGGUACGGGACUAAAUGUGAGGUUGAUGCUUUACACAAAGAGAAAUGAGACCUGUGCACAAGUCAUCAAUUCCACGGAUUUGGGGAACUUGAAUGUGACGAAGAAAACCACUUUCAUUAUUCACGGGUUCCGGCCAACAGGCUCCCCUCCAGUUUGGAUGGAGAAUUUGGUAAAGGGUUUGUUGAAUGUGCAAGAGAUGAACGUGGUGGUUGUUGAUUGGAAUCGAGGUGCUACGACUGUGAUAUACACCCAUGCCUUUAACAAGACCAGAAAAGUGGCUCUCAUCUUGAAGGAAUUUAUCGACCAGAUGUUGGCUAAAGGAGCUUCUCUUGACAACAUUUAUAUGGUUGGAGUAAGUCUAGGAGCCCACAUAUCUGGAUUUGUUGGAGAAAUGUACAAUGGGCAGCUGGGGAGAAUCACAGGUCUUGACCCUGCUGGCCCUUUGUUCAAUGGCAGACCUCCUCAGGACAGGUUAGAUGCCGGCGAUGCACAGUUCGUCGACGUCAUCCACUCAGACACUGAUGCACUGGGCUACAAGGAACCGUUAGGGAACAUAGACUUCUACCCAAACGGAGGACUGGAUCAACCCGGUUGCCCCAAAACAAUAUUUGGAGGAGUUUCAAAGUAUUUCAAGUGUGACCACCAGAUGUCUGUGCGCCUGUACCUUGCUUCCCUGAUCAAGAACUGUGCCAUCACCGCCUAUCCCUGUGACUCCUAUCGGGAUUACAGGAAUGGCAAAUGUGUCAGCUGCGGCACACCACAAAUGAUGUCCUGCCCUCUCCUGGGGUAUUAUGCUGACAAAUGGAAGGACUACUUAAGGGACAGAGAUCCUCCAAUGAUGAAGGCAUUCGUUGACACAGCUGAGAACGAACCAUUCUGCAUAUAUCAUUAUUUUGUGGACAUUGUAUCUUGGAACAAGAAUGUAAGAAGAGGGGUCAUUACAAUCAAACUGAAAGACAAAAAUGGAAACAUCACAGAAUCCAAAAUCGAUCACGAACCAGCCGCAUUUCAUAAAUAUCAUCAAGUGAGCCUGCUUGCAAGAUUUAACCAAGAUCUGGAUAAAGUGGCAGCAAUUUCGUUGUUGUUCUCUACAGGAUCUGUAAUAGGCCCAAAGUACAAGCUCAGGGUCCUUCGAAUGAAGCUGAGGUCCCUUACCCAUCCAGAGAGGCCCCAGUUGUGUCGGUAUGAUCUUGUCCUGGUGGAAAACGUUGAGACUUUCUUCCAGCCUAUUCUGUGCCCAAAGCUGCAGGUGUAACUGCUGUUAGCAUGCAUGGGCAACAGCCACGCGAGGAUCACUACAUUAACAGGCUCUUAAAGCCUCAUACCACCUUGUCCUCAAAGCUCAAAAAGUACAGCAAAACCAAAGUUAUUUUCAGCAGUGUCCUACAGAUGUCACUUUGAAAGCUGUCAAAUGACCUGUGAUUAUGAAACAGUGCUAGGAAGGGAGCCCCUAACUAGGGCAAGUCAGAAAUAUCCAGGCUCCUGACAGCCAAGCCUUUGUCUGGCUGUGUCCUGGGGCUUCAUUUGUUCCGAACAGUUGACUCUGCUGCCUGUCACAUGACACUGGUCGCUUCUGCCCCUCAGGGCUGCAGGUCAAACAUCUUGGCACAAACUGCAGUCUGGAGGCCUCACCAGGAUUCCAUGUUCCCUGUGCCAGAUCUUCCACCAUCCUGGCAUGAAGAGGAGAAUGAAAGAGACUACCUCACGGGGCCCAUGGGUUUGGGGGCCAGUCUGUGAAGGCUGUUUUGGAAACCCUUGGGUCCAUUUCUGUGACAUGUGGAUGAAUAUGAAAUAUGUGCUUGUUUUGAUAUGGCUUAGCUCUCAUGUAUAGAUAGGCAGCCUCUCCUUUUCAAUACCAGCCUCACUCCUGGGCUGUUUUGGGGUGGCAAGGAGGCUUUCUGCCUUUUCUGAAGUGAUGUUGAUGGUCAGAGGUGGUGGGGAUGGGCUGAUAGCCCUGAGGGCCAUGUUAAGACACUAAGUGGAGGAAAGGAGGACAGAGGAGGCAGGAGGAGUAUAACAGCACAAGGGCAAGGACAGAGCAAGAGGUGGGAGAGGAAAGCACUUGCUUUUUACCUCAGGUGCAGAAGGCGCAUUUACAGAAUUGUUUUUGCUGUUCUGGAAUUGAGCAUACUAGGCCAGUGCCCUACCACUUGCUCCAUCCCAGCUCCAGGCAACACUCAUUUUAAGCAACCUUUAAGAAAUGUUUCCUUUUCCUUUCCACUGGUAUAAUCCAUGGUCAUUCAAGAAAAGUUUUUAAAAUGCAGAGUUGCAAAAUGAAAAGGAAAAAACAAAACAGCCCAACUGUAUAUAACCCCACCUAUUAGAGGGGAUUAAGGUUAAAUUUUGGUGUGAUAUUCUAACUUAUGUGGCUAAUGUAAAUUAAAAGCAUAGUCCAGUUUUUUCUUGGCACAUGCAAACCUUCACGCAGAAGUUGGAAGCCUUCUUAGGCCUCCAUGGAGUAUUUGCAACUCUGAAUAUUUAUGAAUGACAGUUGCAGCCAAGUUAAGAAAUCCCAGAGGGCCAGAGACAGAGGGUAGAAUGAAGGUAGUCAAAACUAGGGCCCAGAUGCCCAGUAUGAAAGUGGCUGCCACCCAUCACUAACUUGUGGCCACUGUCGGGAUGACCCAGUAUCUUCCUCUUUAUCCCGGGGCUCUGCCAUUGUAAAGAAAUGGACAGAAAUGUUGCAUAAAUGGUAGAAAUCCACGUUGUCUUUCUUUUCCUAUUGCUGCGAUAAAAUACCCUAAUAAAAGUACCUUAAGAGAAAAGGUUUAUUAUAGCUCACAGUUCAAGGUAUAGUCCAUCAUGAUAGGAAAGUCAAGGCAGUAAGAGCUUGAACUAGCUGGUCACGUCUCAUUCACAGUCAGAAAGCAGAGGGAUGCUCAAACAAGACAAAAUCCCAGCAUAGAACUGGGGAAAUGGGCAAG